UUAAAUUUUCUAAUUAAUUACUAUUAUUUUCUUUAAUAAUAGAUAAAACUUUGGAGGGUAAACUCACUUGAAUUGUUAUCUGACGUUGUUUAUUUAGAUAAAUCAAGGAAUCAACUUUUUUUAUUGAGCGCUAGAUGUCGCCAGUAGAUAACCAAUCAAGAAGUUCUCAAAGUAAAACUUGAUUGAUAAGGUCACUUAGACUUUCCUUAUGAUAUCAUCAAAAAAGAUAAAUGUAUAAUAUAUAACAUACCGGUAAAGUUUGUUUUUGCUUUCUGUUGCCGUUUUUAAAUUCAAUAAAAAUGGACUCUCAAGUUAUAGUUAUUGGGGCUGGAUUAAGCGGCUUGAGCGCUGCUAAGUGGCUCAGCGAAUCAGGAGUCAGCGUUACUGUCCUAGAAGCUCGAGAUCGCGUUGGAGGACGUACAUUCACAGAAUUUAAUCCUAAGGUGGACUAUGUUGAUCUUGGAGCCGCUUAUGUUGGACCAAGUCAGAAUCGCCUGCUUCGAAUGGCAGAAGAAUUCGGGAUAGAAAAUUAUAAAGUACACGAAAAAGAAAAUUUAGUUCAUUACAAUAACAUUCCUGCUAAUGCUCCAUGGAAUGCACCGAAAGCAGAUGAAUGGGAUACAAUGACAUUCAAAGAGUGGCUUGGUCGAAGGGAGCGACUCAAUUUUUCAACAAUGUUAUGACUGCAUUUAUCACUUCAGAACAUUACGAUGCUUCAUUGUUAGGUUUUAUAUGGUACAUUAAACAAUGCGGAGGUUGCAAGAGGAUCUUUUCAACAACAAAUGGCGGACAGAUGCUGUUAUAACGGGAAGCCCAGUUGCUGGGAUAGAUCAAAGUUCAAAAGACACUGUUAUUGUGAAGACGAUGAAUGGGAAAGAAUAUAAGGGUAUUGUGGAUCAUUUUUAGUAGAAGGUGGAAAUGAUUUUCCAGUUUGCUUCACGUUGGACGAUACAAAACCAGACGGUGGUUAUCCCGCUAUAUAGGGUUUGUUUGCUCAGAUAAACUUCGUUAUCUGUGUCAACU